CCGACAUCACACCUCAUAUCAACAACACCGUUUCUCCCAACCUCCCACCUCAACCACAAACACACCUCGACCUCAAUCGCACCCCACUCAAAACAAUGCUCGCACGCCACAUCCUCCUCCCGCUCCGGCGCACCCUCUUCGCGCAGCCCUUCCUCCUCAAUUCCACCACCAAACCCACCAUCUCCGCCGCAGCAUGCACCCUCCACACCACAACACUCACACGCACCACACGCCCCACCCUCCUCUCGUCCUCGUCACAAUCCCUAACCACCCGCCUGUCAAAUCUCAGUAUAUCGCCGGCGUUACAACAGCAGACAAGGGGAAUGAAAGUCCGCAGCAGCGUGAAGAAGCUGUGCGACGGGUGCAAGAGCGUGCGGAGGAAGAAGGGGAAGUACGUGUACAUUAUCUGCAGCAAGAAUCCGAAGCAUAAGCAGAGGCAAGGUUGAAGUUGGGUAGAGGAGGGAUUUUGUAUGACUAUGAGAGGAGGAAAUAAGGAGGGGAGAAGAGACGAAGAAAGGAAGGAAUGGGAGGAAAUAAAAUAGGGUUGUAAAGAUACGGAGGCGGGGAAGAGGGAAGAUAUUGUAUUAUACCGCUCUUCGAUGCUGAAGGACGUUCAGGCAUGAUUAUAGGCGUAUGGAGGCGCGAAGAAAUCUCAUGAACCAUUCUAUGACAGGUGCAGCUUUAUGACUGGUAUCAAUUGGUCCCUAGAGCGAACGCCAGGUUCCAAUUGCUCCGAAGAGAGAAAAGAGAGGCCUUUUGAUUGCCUGGCGUAUGUCUAUUUUUCAUGAACUAUUACUGCUUGAGUGGAAUUGCAUCGCCGACAAUGCUGUAAAAAUAACUUCGAAAAGCGCCAGAACUCCAGCCUAGACACGACCAUUAACUUAUAUGCUA